CUCUCUUCCUGUCCUUCUUUCCUCCCUCCCUUCCUGUCCUCCUUCCUUCCUUCCUUCCUGUCCUCCUUCCUUCCUUCCUUUUCCAGAAUAAGGAAACGCUGAGACUUCUUCAUCUUGCCCAUUAUGUACAGCUGGUCCUCGAGCUACAACGGAGCCCCAAAUUUCUGUUGCUAAGCAAGACUGUUGUUAAGGGAACUUUGUCCCAUUUGCCACAUUUGUGAAGUGGAUCACUGCCGUUGUGAAGUUAGUAACAUGAUUGUUAAGUGAAUCUGACUUUCCCAUGGGCUUUGCUUGUCAGAAGGUCGCAAAAGGGGACACUGCAACCGUCAUAAAUGCAGGUAACAUAGACACAUUCUAGCAUGGAUGCUUUUGCUAAUCACAGUUGCCACCUCCUUCAGCAGCUCCAUGAUCAGCGGAUACAAGGUCUUCUCUGUGAUUGUAUGUUGGUGGUCAGAGGUGUCUCCUUCAAAGCACAUAAAAAUGUAUUGGCUGCUUUCAGCCAAUAUUUUAGGACCCUGUUUCAAAAUUCUCCAAGCCAGAAGAAUGAUGUUUUUCAUUUGGACAUUAAGAACGUGGGUGGCAUAGGCCAGAUCUUGGAUUAUAUGUACACUGCACAUCUUGACCUCAACCAGGAUAAUAUACAGAACUUGCUGGAUAUUGCACAGUGCUUGCAGGUGCAGAAUAUUUUGAAUCUGUGUCACUCCUUUUUAAAAACCUCCCGAUCCAUAGAGCAGCCAGCCAAUCUGACUGGCAAUGAUACAUUUUCUUUGCAAAAUACUUUGGUUGUUGAUACCCACUGUGGACAUUAUGAUGUGCUCCGUGUUUGUUCAACUGCUGCUUGUAAAGUCUUGGAUGACCAGCAAGCUGGGCCACAGCCUUGUGUGCCUCACAGCUCAUCAGCUGAGAGAGCCAAACCAAAACAAGACUCCGUGGACCAUGUUGGGGUGGAUCUGUCCUUUAAACUGCCAAAUGGCCAUUAUAAGCUCCGAAACUUUUAUAGCAAGCAGUUCUGCAAACAAACUAUUUGUCCCAGCAACAAGGGGUUACUAGAACUGCCCCCUGAUUUUGUAAUAUCUCCAGCCCAAGACACGGCUCAGGAUGCUACUUUGUGCAACGUCAGCCAAUGUACUUUGGAGUCGUCUGAUCCCCCCCUGCCACCAGCCUUUCUCACUCGGUCCUUACAUGACUGUCCCGAGGACCAAGACACGGAGGGCACGUCCCUACAGCCAGCCAAACAGUUGAGGCUUAAGAAAGCUAUCCACCUUCAAAAACUGAAUCUGUUACGGUCUCCUGAGCAGUCUUCAGUACAUGAUCCUGACAGAGCCAUUGCAAAAGGAACUGAAUUAGGCAGUCAGAGCAGCACAAAAAGGACGACCAUGUUUGUAGUUCCUGAAGGGAAACGUCCCAGUGGGCUAGUGAAUUCCGAAUGUGUAGAGUUGGAACCGUCCCGGGAGCUGUCUGGGCCAGGGAGCCCAUGCAAGAUUUUCCCUCCAGAGAGGCAGUAUCCUUGCGCGUUGUGUGGAAAGGAUUUUAAACAUCCGAGCAACCUGGAGCUCCACGUAAGGUCUCAUACAGGUGAAAAGCCUUUUGAAUGUAACAUUUGUGGAAAAUGUUUCUCACAGGCUGGCAAUCUUCAGACUCACCUGCGUCGCCAUUCUGGUGAGAAACCAUUCAUUUGUGAAAUCUGCGGGAAGAGGUUUGCUGCCUCUGGAGACGUCCAGCGCCACAUUAUUAUUCACUCUGGAGAAAAACCGCACCUGUGUGACACUUGUGGUCGAGGAUUUAGUAAUUUUAGUAAUUUAAAGGAACACAAGAAGAACCAUGCAGCAGAAAAAGUAUUCACAUGUGACGAGUGUGGAAAGUCAUUUAACUUACCACGAAAAUUAGUAAAACACAGGAUCAGACACACAGGAGAAAAGCCAUAUAACUGUUCAGUUUGUGGGAAAUGCUUCACAGGAUCUGGAGAUUUGCGAAGACAUAUCAGAACACAUACCGGGGAAAAGCCUUAUCAUUGUGAGACCUGCAAUAAAAGUUUCAGCCGUUCUGCUGUCUUACGUCGACACAAAAAAAACCACUGUAAAGCUAACCGUGAAAGUUCUGCUAUUGUAGACAAGUUUUCUCACGGAAUGGACACUCCUGAUCUUGAGAAGUCGCAAAGUUCAGGUUUCUUUACCCAGGAAAUCUUCCUGUCAGUAUCAGAGAAAUGUCCACCCCACUCGAGGGGACAUUCGCCAAAAGAGUUUGGAUCUCCCGGAGCACCAUUUGGCAGGGCAAGGCCUGGGGAGGGAAAAGACGCUCAGAAACUGAGUUUGGAUCCUGCCAAACUCUGUAAAUCUCAAGAAGGACCUGCUCAGUCUUGUACUUUUAAACAAAGUCAUCCCCCUUCUGAGCAGGGACUGCUGCAGUCUGGCCCUCUGCCCCCCAUUCGCUCCUCUGCAAGUGCCCCGGGCAGCGGCUGGAACGGGGACCCCACCGGCACCCACGAGGCUCCUGCCCAGCCCCAAAAUAACGAGGGCCCCUUCUCCAGCAUGGCGCUCUGGGGCCUGGCCUUGAAGACCUUGCAGAACGAGAGCGAGCUGGACCACUGAGGAACUCUGCUUGGGUCUUCUGAGGAGCAGCACGUGUAUUUGUAAGUAAAUAAAACCGUAUCAAAGUU